CCGUGUUUGGUUGGUUCAUAAACCCAAACCCUAAACCCUCCGUCCACCUGCGUUGUUGGGUGGCACCCUUACGAGUUCCGAACCCUUCACUCUCCUUCAGUUCCAGAGGGCAUUUCCAUUUCCAUUAUUCGAUGAAUCAAACUCAAACUCAAACUCAAAAUCAAAAUCAAUAACUACCAUUGUCAUCAUCAUCACAAUGAUGUUGAUGAGAAAAUCGCAUUCAUCAAUAGCAUGGUCUCGUGUCAUUCUCAACCAACUACGAUCGACUCUCCCAGGAGAAUCCCCAAUCUCCACCAACACAUCACCACCCCACCACUCUUUCCCCAAAUCUUUCCCCCCACACAACUCCGCCGCAGAUUUCGUUUUCCGGCGGAAAAUCGGUCCUUUUCCUCCGCCAGAACGAUCCAAGAGCUUCUCGCCGAUGUGGAGAGGUCAAAGCACAAGGAAAGAGAAGAGAAGAAAAGGAUCGGCUUAGACGCUGCAGACAUUGAUGCCGAGGACGAAGAGGAUUACAUGGGUGUGGGACCGUUGAUCGAGAAGCUUGAGAAGGAGAAGCUGAAGAAUUCUGGGGCUGAUCAACUCAAUAUGUACGAAGAGCCUACUGAUUCGGAGAGUGAAGACGAUGAGAGGUUCAGUCCUGAGGAUAUCAAGAAACGAGCCCAAGUGUUUGAGAAAAAGUUUAAGAGACACGAAGAGCUUCUCAAGAACUUCACUGAGGCAGAGACGCUGGAUGAUGCUUUCAAAUGGAUGAACAAAAUUGACAAGUUUGAGCAAAAACAUUUACAGCUACGCCCAGAGUAUCGAGUCAUUGGCGAGUUGAUGAACCGCAUGAAAGAAUCCACUGGCAAGGAUAGAUUUCUUCUCCAACAAAAACUAAAUAGGGCCAUAAGGUUAGUAGAGUGGAAGGAAGCUUAUGAUCCGAACAAUCCCGCCAAUUAUGGGGUCGUUCAUCAUGAACAAAUGGGAGCCUCUGCUGAUCUUUUGGAAAAUGCUGGAUUUGAAAAGGAAAAACAAAUGAUACAAGGGGGAUUGGAUGAAGAUGAUGAUGAGGAGUUUGAUGACAUGAAAGAGAGGGAUGAUAUACUGUUAGAGAAGCUGAAUGCUAUUGACAAGAAACUUGAAGAGAAGCUAGCGGAGUUGGAUCAUACAUUUGGAAAGAAGGGAAAGGUUUUGGAAGAGGAGAUUAGAGAUCUAGCUGAGGAGAGGAACUCAUUGACAGAGAAGAAGAGAAGACCUCUUUACAGGAAAGGUUUUGAUGUGAAACUAAUUGAUGUUAACCGAACUUGUAAAGUUACUAAGGGAGGACAAGUGGUCAAGUACACUGCUAUGUUGGCUUGUGGGAACUACCAAGGUGUAGUUGGUUUUGCAAAAGCAAAAGGUCCAGCUGUUCCUGUUGCCCUUCAGAAGGCAUAUGAGAAAUGUUUUCAGAACCUUCAUUAUGUGGAACGACACGAAGAGCAUACAAUUGCACAUGCAGUUCAAACUUCAUACAAGAAAACCAAGCUGUAUCUUUGGCCUGCUCCAACUACGACGGGGAUGAAAGCAGGCAGAACGGUCCAAACUAUUCUACAUUUAGCUGGUUUUAAAAAUGUGAAGUCUAAGGUUGUUGGAUCGAGGAAUCCUCAUAACACGGUUAAGGCUGUUUUUAAGGCGUUAAAUGCGAUUGAAACUCCCAAAGAUGUACAAGAGAAGUUUGGCCGGACUGUUGUUGAGUCAUACCUGCUAUGAUAGGUAUGUAUUACCAAUUCUUGGAUCUGAAGCACAAGGGUUGCCCUAGUGGUAGUGGUGGUUGUACCUUGCUCAUGUGUUUGGGUUCAAACCACAGCGUCUUUCCCAAAAUGAGAAAAUAUUUUUCUUUUCUUGUUCUUCCCAAAAUGAGAACUCUUGAAUUUAGGAGAGGAUUAUAAAUAUUGUCUUGAAAGUAAAAUUGUCUUUUCGACAUUUGUAGUGCCUAUUUUAAACUUAUUGAGUAACAUUUUUGUUUUCUAUUUUCUGCUUU